AUGGGCGGACUUCCAACACAGCAGUCAACAUACAGCCACCCUUGCAGGAGAUGUACAGAGCUGAGCGCCUUUCGUGACGUCUUGCAUAUAUGUUGCUGGGUAACGACAGAGUACGAACUCGGGUACGGAGUACUUUGCGCGUUAAAUUGUCUUCGUUUGGGUGGCUAUCUUGACUCGAUGUUACUACUGCUGGCAACCUGCUGUUGUACAAAUUCACCUGAUCUCGUAUCUUGCUUCCUCCUUUUUUUGUCCUUUUAUAAUUUUCAUUAUUUUUUUUUAAACCCUUUAAAUUUUUAUUUUUUGGUUGCCUCCCAUCAUUGA